AUGCGCGCGCAACUACGCACCUACCAUGCGAUUCCCUCUCUCCAGAUCCACGAGAAGCCGCAGGACUACAAGCAAUUGCAGGACGCGCCGCGCCUCAAGUCCAUCCUCAAGGGCGGCACAGAAGACCGCGCCGAGCCGAGGUCGCUGGACCUCCUCAAGGACAUGGACGUCCCGCGUACCAACCCGGUCAACCUCUUGUUCCUGAUCUGCAACAAUGCCUCUAAAGUAGCCGAACUGCACUUCCCGCCGGGCCGCGAGUUCCACGAUUUGAUCAUGAAGACCAACCUCACGAGCGCGUCGCGCGCGCGUGCGUUCCUCUGGGUCGUGUGGUUCUACCUCGAGUCCGACUUCACCGAGGAGGGCUGCGAAGAGAACCCGUUCGGUCCGGGCGUCGACUAUGGCGUCGAUGUCGCCAACCAGGGCGUCCCCGUCAUGGAGGAGAUGACGCCAGAGCAGGAGAAGCAAGAGAACAUUGACACCAUGGUCGAGAUCGCCUUUGGCACAAGCAAGAAGCAUCUGCGCUCCCUGAUUCUGCAAGACGAGCACUUUAUUGACAUCACGUCGCAAAAGCGCAGCUCGCGCCCCUCGCGCCCGUCUGCGGCCGCUACGGCCGCGGCGGCGGUCAAGGAAUCAGCCGCUGAGCUCGCUGGCACGGACAAUGAGCGGUCCCUACCGCCGGCUAUCCUGCCGCGCAUUCGCCCUUCCAAGCAUGAGAGCGACGUCGAGAGCAUGCGGUCCACGCCGCCGCCACGCUCGCUGAUCCGCUCGUUUGGCGGCGGUGCCGCCGCAGGUUCUGCGCGUCGGGGCGGGCCACACAAAUAUUCGCUGGGGGAUGGGGGCGGGGGCCCGUCGCCUGUGCGCCAGCCGCCGCUGAUACAGCAGCUUCACCAGCAGCAGCAGAUGCAGCAGACGCGCCGCAAGCGCAAGUCGGCGAAGCCUGACGGCCGCAGCAGCCGGCACCGCCGCGACGACGACGACGACGACGGCGACGAUGACGACGUCCGCGCCAACACAUCGGUGGCGCCCAGCCGCAAGCCGCGCCCUCCGACGGCGCACCAGAUUGCCGUGGAGAACAACCGCAAGCAGCGGAUUGAGUACCUGCUGUCGCGCGGCAUGCACCGCAAACACCACCGAUCGCGCAAGACGCGGCGGACCGAGGGCGCGAUUGUGCGGGCGCUGCGGCGCCUGGACGAGGUCGAGGACCCGUUUGAGAACAGCGAGGACGAGUCCAACCUGGCGUUCAACCGGGAGCUGUUUACGUUUACAAUGGGCGCGCCGCAGAGCAUGGCGACGGGCACCGCAUUCCGCGAGCGCGGCUUCCACGGCCUGGUGCAGAUCAAGACCGAGCCGGAGGACUUUGGCGAGGAAGUGUCGGCGUAUGCCUCGGCGAUGCGGCGCGCCUGCCGUCGGCUCAACCGCUGGGAAACCGAUGGCAUGGCCAAGAACAUGGUGGUGCCGACAAUCAAGCGGCCGCGUGUCAACGUGCCGGCGGUCGAGGACGAGUACCGGGACCCCAACGAGACGGAGGAGGAGCAAGACCUGGACCAGCCGGGCGGCGAUCCCGACGCGUCCAUGUCCAUGUCGUUUGUCGAGACGACACCCGUUCCGGCAGCCAAGAAGCGGCGCACGGCCGGCGCAACGGGCCAGGUUCCGGCCGUGGCAGCCCUGAGCCGUGCGCGCGGCGGCCGCGUCUCGGGCCGUGUUCCUAGCAACACACCGGCCGCCAUUUCGGCGCGGCGGCGCCGCGCGGCCAAGGCAGCCGCGCUUCUGGCCAGUAGCGGCGGCGGCGACGUGGCGACGCGCGAUGCCGGCGGCCGGAACGGCAGUGCGGGCAUUGGCGCAGACGACGCCGGUGGCGAGGAUGCGACGGUCCUGGCCAGCGGCGCAGAGGGCGAGGGUGACGCCGACAACGACGUGGAGGCUGCCGAUGGUGCCGACGGUGCCGACGGUGCCGACGACACAGAGGACGUGGCGUCGGUGUCGGCCGCGCCGGUCAACAAGACACGCGUGACGAUCAAGAAAAAGACGUCCGGCGCGCCGGCCCGCGGCAGCAGUCGGGCGGCUAAGGUGAAGCGCGAGGACGAGGACGGCGACGAGGCGGCCAAUGAGGCCGGUGACGGUGAGGACGACGAAGACGAGCUCAACGACGUGGAUAAGGCGCUGCUCGGCAUGGGCUCGGACUCGGAGUAG